UGCGUUUUACCGGGACCCACUCCUUGUUGCUCGGUAGUAGGAACAGCUCCCUCCAAGCCAAGGCGAGGCAGGCUACAGCAGGGUGGCUACAAGUCAUCGCCCCGCGCACGACGCUUUAUUGCUUUCUCUCUCUCCGUGGCGCCUCCUCGUGGCGUGAACCGGGCAAAAACUUUUUGAAAAUCACGAGCGAGGGCGUCGGAGGGUGUCUUCACUCCGUCACCAGACAGUUUUCCCUCGCUCCUGGAACGGUCUCAACGCUUCUUCCGCUGCUAGACGCGCUCAAGGCGUAGAGCUUCAAGAGAAGACACGCACUCAAGCCGCUUUGAAGACCCGCAACGGGACCGGAAAUAGACUGGCGAGGCCGUUAACUAGCUAGGAAAAAGAUGGCCAAGCGGAAGUUCGUGUCCUCCAAGAAGAACGCGCCCAGUCGCGCCAUCUCCAGUAAAGAGGCGGCACUGCACCGUCGAACUGCUGACGGAGACGGCGCUGAGUCUGAUUCGGGCGACUCUGCAGCCUCCUCCGACGUGGGAUCGUCCACGCCGCUGUCGUCCGAGGACGAACAGGAAGAGGAUGACGACGAAUUAAACGCUAGUCAAGAUGUCACCCCCAUGGCAGUGGAGGUGAUGCCAGCCAGUGUGGGGCGAGGCAAACAGCUGCGAUUCCCGACUGCGAUCUCGCGUGGUAAAGUGCUGCCCAUGGAAGGCGGCGCCGCAUCGGAUGCUGACGACUCUGAUGACGAGAGUUUAUUGUCUGUUGCGGAUAGUGAGGAUGAAGACGGCGUUACGGCGAUGGAGGUGGACGAGCCUGCUGUUUCGACGUCUCCUGUGCACAUUGAAGCCUCUCCAGCAACUCAGGACCUCAAAAUUAAUAGCAAGGACACUCCAUUCUACCCGAUUAAAGCUGCCCGUGCACGGAAACGACAUCGCCCGGACUCGGAUUAUUACAAGCAAAUGUCCACGUAUGUUCGAGACUGUUUGCUCAGCGUACGGCACGCAGGUAGCAGCGAUACACCCGCCGACGCGUUUAAAGAUGAAUCAUCCCCAAGACAUGAGGAAUUCCGACGGAGACUUGCUGCAGGAGAUGUAGAGCGCGUGACAUGGAAAGAACCUCCUUCUGUGGACUCAAAUAUGGGGGAAUCACAGCCGACGGUGAGUAAGCCAACUAAGUCCAGUAAACCCAGCAAGUCGAGCAAGCACAGUAAGUCCAGUAAAUCCAGCAAAAGCAGCAGUAAAAGCAGCAGCAAAAGCAAGACGUCCACCUCGGACGCCAAGGACACAAAUAAGUCGACUUUAUCGUCGUCGAAUGGGUCGUCCAGCAACUUGACGCCGCCAGCGCAGCCAUCAGCUCCAGUUGCGCCAAGCGCACCUGCGAUGUGCGAAGUGUGCAAGAAGAAGUUGAGUGGAGAAACAGCAAAGGAAGAGGAACAGGAGCGGUCAGUGAAGAAGGAGAAGGAUGUCAAGAAAGAGAAGGAUAUCAAGGCUGAAGAUGUGAAGCAGCAGCCAGAAGAUGCGAAGAAGGAGCCUGUGGAAGCUGCUGCACCAGCACCACCUGCUGGGUACUUUACCAUCACAUUUACACCUGGAAGUGACGUACAGAAACUGCGUAAUGAGUCUGCGAAACUAAUGGAAGAGGCACGGAAGCUCAAGCACGAGGGGAACCGGCGAGGAUCAAGCGAACGAGGCACUCAAGGACAGAUCACACAGGGCAAAUAUUACUUAAGAUCAGGCGCCAAGUUCUUCGAGUACGCAUUGAAACUCCAGGAGGUUAAAGUGGCCUAUCAGGAGAAGAAUGACGCUCAGCACGCACACUCCUUCGGCGAAAACUGCGUGACUACGCUCUCACAAACAACCUCACUCAUCGAGAGCACCAUCCGCGCGUUCCAUAGUGCUGGGAGCAUGCGGUUAGCUGCAUUAGGGUGCAAGAUGGCGUCUGUAGUACACUUGACUGUCUACCGGCUGCAGCACCGCAAGCUACAGUCGUUCUACUCGGAGCUGUUUACACCUGGACGCUCCCCCGAGUCUAGAGAGAAUGGACUGACGCCGCCGAUCGACCCGAAUAGCAACCUGAACAGCAAUAGCAGCAAAGAUGCAGCCAUACGCAAGCACCUGUUGAAGGAGAUGGAGCACACACUGCGAGGCUUCGAGAUGUGGCGGCGGUACGAGGCUUGCAAGGUGAACGUGUUGCCGCGGGUGACAAACCCCGUCAUCUUAGAUCCGGCUGUGUUCUUUGAAGACCUGGAAGCAGAGCUCAAGGACUAGUAGUACAAGGUAUCAUUCACCCCACGUAGUAGCAUAGUAGCAGCCCAACAGGAUUUCACACCAGGAUAUUCCUCCUGGUCUUUUGCAGCAUGAUGGCCCCCACCCCACUGAACAUGGAGAAAUAGCAACAGUACAAGACAUUGAAGCUUGAAACAAUCACUACAUCUCUUUAGUGAUCUCACUCUUGGAAACGACGACGUUGUCGCCUUUGAGUUCAUAGAGGAAGGCGACGACUUUGGGCCCCUGCAACGCCAUGAGCAUGAAACUCGGGAUCACGUCACUGGAGACGCUACUAAAGGCGCCUGUUAUGGAUCCAGGGUUGAUGAACCACUUGCCAUGUUCCGUUCGAAUGUGGGACCUGCAACAAGCAGCAAAAAGUCAGUGAUCCGUGCCUUGUCGUGUACAACAAAGUACUCACCUGUGGGUGUGGCCAGUGACAAGAAUGUCGACGUUCAUCUGCGGAAAGCACAAAAAAAAAAAAAAAA